UCUUUACAGAGACUCGUGGCGCAUGAGCCUGACUGACGUGGCACAGACAUAAUAAGCCGUGGCAGCGAUUUGAAUCUUCCUUUAUGUCGCUGGGAGGGCUUGCAUCCUUGUUUCCAGAUUGUCAGGGCAAUGAGAUAGUCCGAUCCGUCCUUACUGCCACCAUGGAAGCACAGGUUCACAUGAAAAUGGUCCAGAGUGACAUCCAAGAGAAGAGCACCAAAGACUCAAUGGAGGAGAAGACUGAGGAAAAAUUCCUGAAAAAUCUUUACAUCUUUAUGAAGAAGAGAGACACGCCGAUAGAAAGAAUCCCCAACCUGGGAUUCAAGCAAAUUGAUUUAUUUGUGAUGUUCAAGACUGUCAAUGAAAUGGGCGGCUACCACAAGGUGACCUCUCAUCAGCUGUGGAAACGAGUUUACAACACACUGGGAGGAAACCCCCGGAGCACGAGCGCAGCCACGUGCACCCGCAGACAUUAUGAAAAGCUUCUUCUGCCCUAUGAAUGUCACUUGAAAGGCAUAUUAAUGAGCACCACGCCUCAGCAUCAGCCGAAAGCUUAUCGCUACGCUAAAGAUGAGGACGGCGGCCAGAGACCAUCCAAACGCAGGUUUUUGUCCCUGCAGCUGCACCAGGGGUCACACAACUUCCAAUCAAACCCACAUGGGAGUAUCUACUCUCUGCCUCUCCACUUCCCUCACUUCUACCACCCAAGCAACCCUGUUCUGCCUCCUUAUAUCUCACUCUCCUCCCCUGUUAUGACCCCACAUGCCCCCCAUGUUGUCCAGUCCAGAUUCCCCUUCCAGCCAUCACAGUCAGACUCUGCCGACACAGACAAGGAGCCGCUGGAGCAGCUGCGCCGCCUGGCAGAGCAGUACAAGACCUCAGCCGGACAGCCUCUGAAUUUGAGCAAGAAAGAUUCAAACUGGGAGGCAAACCUGCACCCAGUCUCAUCCUUCUCCCCUCCUUCAUCCAGCAAGAAUCCAAAGUUUUUAAACAAACCCUCCACACUCUACAGUCCGCACCGUGGGGGGGUGCUGACAGGGGAAAGGGGCGAGACGCAGGACGAUGACUCCAGCGAACGGGUCUCCUCUGACUGUGAACCUGCAGAAGGAACGGAGACCAAUGCUGCUGGUAUCAUCUCCACACCUUCAAAUAGCCCCAUGAGUGGCUGUGGUUUGACAGAGGUGGAGGAUACAGAUGUCAUUGAAGUGGUGAAACCCACCAGCUCUCCCAAAACUGAUUUUCCAACAACCAGAGAGGCCAGUCCAGUUGCAGAGGGGCUCAGUCAAAUUCUCCCCAAAGAAAAGGAGGAGAAUAAUAUGGAAAUAGAGGUGCCGCUGUCCGUGGUCCGAAACUGGCUCAGCAUGUGCAGGGCUCCAACUAAAGAGACAUUUUCUCCAGGUCAUGGGACAUCUUCUAGAAAAAGGAGCUGGUCUGAUGUGGAUGACUCUCCCACUGACCUGACAUAUUGUGUAAACCCUCAGAACCAGAGCUCACCUGAGAAUCUAAGGCUGAGGGGUGAACUGAGCUUAACGCCAGAUGGGCAGAUGACCAAGCAGCAGCACAGCAGCAGCCAGAGUCCUUUCACCAGCUGCAGCACGUCUCCUGCAGGUGGAGUUCGGAAAGCUGCAGCUAUCAGGGAUGUUUGGCCAUUCUAUCAGCAGAAGACGGACGAGCCAUUCAACUUCAAAUCUGCACAUUUAUGGGAUUUGUAUCAUAAAAACACCCCGCCUCUCCCCAAAGCAUCUCUCACUGAUUCUGCUCCUAAAUUCUUUGGAGAAGAUCAGGUUGGGGGAGGUAAACCGAGAUUAGAGAUGGAGUCUUCUGCUGUUCUCAUGGUGGACUCCAGCCCAGCUUCUGUGCUGCACCUCACCACCGAGGAGGUCAUGAAACUGAAAAAAAUCAUCUCGAGUUCAUCAUAAAGACCUGGAAACAAAACCAACACCAAACUUAAGCUACAUGUUCUGUUUACUUUCUUUUAUUUUCACUUUCAAUCUCU